GGCAUCUGCGGUGCGCCGAAGCUGUCCGGAGAGUUUAUCGACCCCGAGAGCGACGAGAACCUCUUCAAGACACCUCAGGAGCCGGAGCUGUGGAAGGACCUCUGCCAGUUCUGCUCAGAGGAAGGUGAGGCAAUCACUCCACCUGGCUGCCCGGCGCCUCCAAAUGGCGAACUGCCUGGAGAACCGGGAUGCGAGUUUCUGAGGCCUUUCGGAAGCCUGCGAGACAAGGAGUGCGUGCCGCAGCCUAAUCCCGGCAACGACCCGGAGAUCGAAGAAAACAACAAUCGCAUCAAGGAGCUACAGGGCGAUGGUGAGAAUUGUGUGGCUUUCGUGCUUCUGAACAAUGGCCCCAAGUUCCCUGGCAGAAGCUGCAGAGACUGGUGCCAGGACCGGGGCGCCGAGUGCGUGGACGUACGCGAUGAUCUUGGCACUGGGAGGUUCCCGGACGAGAAGAACACUUGCGGGCUCAGCGCAGCUGAUGAUCCAAAGAAUUUCAACAGCGACGGUACCCCGAAGACUUGCGACAGCAUUGGCAGGGACACCCACUGCGUCUGCAAGAAGCCGGACAACACUGCGCCGGGCGAGCCUGUGGAGAGGACCUGCGCGGAUGCCCGGGACGACGCUGGCUUCAACUUCUCGUACCUGGACGCCGCGGACACCUGCCGAGAGGAAGCCAUGUGGUUCAAUCGUGUGACCUACCCGCAGAACGGCGAGCAGCCCACCCUCGAGCAGCGACUGCUUGUCUACUGCGUCCAGGAUGUAUGCGCCUCAGACCCCGAGGACCGGCCGGAGGUUGCCCGCAGCUACGGUGACCGGGACCCGGACCUCGACAACAAGCCGAGCCAGUGCAACGGCCCCCUGCUCUGCAAUGUGAUUUGCUCCGGGCACCUCAUCCAAGACUGGGGCGAAUGCGUGAACCGCUGUGAGGAACACCGAUCCAAGCUGCUCCACGCAGUGACACAUUACUGCAGGGCAGGCAUUUGCCCCUCGCUCCUGGAGGAGACGGUCCUGGUCCAGCAGAUCUCGCAGGUCCUGGUCCAGCAGAUCGCGGAGAUCCACUAUCAUGUCCAGCCGAUCGCGAAGGUCCAGUUUCCCGGUUUCCAGCAGAUCACGCAGGUCGACCAUCUGGUGGAGUAG